AUGGCACCCGUGUCCUCUGAACUGGCGACGCUGCGCGCACUCAGCUUUCGCAUCUCGUCCACGCCAACGCCUCAGCUCCCUCCACACGUGCCCGCUAUAGCUGCAUCCCUGGCCUCAUGCAGGUCCAUCCUCUCCUCGCCCCAGACCUCGGGCACCAAGGCGACAUCGUCAGAAUACUCCGUGGCCGUGCACAAAUACCGGACCCUACUAUCGACUCUGCUCCAGGACCGAACUCCCCAUGGAAGAUGGUGCGCCGUCGUCUUGGUCAAAGCCACCAUUGAGGUCGGCGGCUGGGAAACUCUGCAGAAGAGCCUGCCCUGGGUGCGCCGUCUCUUGGGAUUCCUGACCAAGCCCGACCCGCCGUCCUUGAAGAAGCUGUGCGUCAUCACUCUGACGCGCAUCUUCUCCCUGACCAGAGAAUAUCCGACCCUGGUCCGCGAAAUCACCACGCCUUCGCUCACGCCUUUCAUCCAAUCUGGCCUGCAAAUCGCCAAUACGCCCUCCACGCCGGGCUCCUUGUUGCAAGUCAUUCUGCAGAGUUUCAGCCAACUACUGCCGCGACAUCCCACCAUUUUCCGGUCAUAUCUCAAGCAACUUCACCCGCUCCUGUCUCGCUUGAUGGCGCCCACUCCAUCUACCAAGAUAAGUCAAGAGGAGACUGCCAGUGCCCAACAUGCAGUCGCCUCCGACAUUGCUGCCGCUGCGCGCCAGCUCUAUGUACAGUUACCAUAUUGCGCACCAAAGGGCACUGCGGCCGAAGACUGGGCCAAAUCAAUCAAAACUGUUGUGAACAACACGCAUCAGACUGCAGACGUAGUUUUCCGCGCUGUGGUCGAAGAUUGGCAAUCCAGUGCUCGUGAGGCACCCCUGGCCAAUGCUCAUACAAUUGACGAUGAGGUCCAGGAUCUAGAGCCUAGCUCAGGUCUCCCGCCCUGGUCUGGCAUUUUUGCUGGCGGUGAACGAUUAGUGGGACUUUUGUAUGUUGUCAAAGAAUAUUUAGAAAGCCCCACCUCAAGUACUGUGUAUGUGAACAUUGGUCUGAUAACCGACUUGGUUUCGAGGAUACUCUCCCUCACCAUUCCGGCAUCUUCACAGAAAAGCUUUCAAAACACCGUUCGCCUGAACGCCCAAGUGAGCAAAGAGGAGAGAGAGGCCCUCUGGUUGUUACUCCCAGAACUGCAUGUCGCAGCAAUUGAGGUGCUUCUGGCACUAGCGGACAGGUCGCAAGCAAGCACCAUCGCACUGGAUUCCAUCAUUGUCGACCAGUUGGUCUGGAUAUUCGGUGCCGAGAAAGACACAGUUCAAGUGAGGACAGCAUGUUAUGAGGCGAUCGCAGUCCUACUGAAGAGAUCAGGAGUCGCAUUCCACAAGUCUACAAUUGACUCUCUCUUGCCCCUGAUCCGCUCAUGUUGCGACGAUCUGCUUCCAUCCGUAGCAACCACUGGCACAGAGAAGCAGUCCCCAAACCAGACCAAGGCAAACGGCAACAUCCAGGCACAGACUACCGCAAACGCCGACGCUUUUCUCAGUGCCUCUAAAGGUACUAGCAACGCCGUCACUUAUUUCACGGGAUUGGUGCAAGCCGCUUACGACCUUCUUCCCAUACUUCUCACAAAUAUCCCUGCUCGAUAUCUGUCCGACUCAAUGCGGGCUCGCCUUGACCGCACCGCCACUCUCACACAGCAUAAAGAAGCUAUGGUGGCUAGUGUAUUAAACCCUCCGCCAAGCAAAAAGUUUGGCAAACCUGCAGCAAGCAUUCUGCCACUGAUGGCACGAUCCUUCUCAGCUGAAAAGGGUGUUGAGGGCAUGCUGAGGCCACGGGUGCCAGUAAUCCGCCUAGGAGGUCAGGAUUUGGAUUCAGAAGAGGGGGGAAAUGGCAUAGAUGUCGAAGACGACGACGAAGAAGAAGAAGAAGAAGAGGACGAUGAUGAUGAAGAAGAAGAAGAAGUAACUAAUCUUCAGACCCAAAAGGAACUAGCGGAUGAAAGUUCAAGAGAAGACCUAGUUGAAUUAUUGAGAGAGCCUGCGAAGACUAGCACAGAUAUGAGGGACUUUGCUGUAUCAGGUACGCUCAACGCUGGAUUACCUGUCUCUGUCACUUCUAGGUCAACUCGAGCAGGCGACAGUACGUUACAUGAGCCUUUCUCCAAAUCUUUGGCGUCUAGCGACACGAAGCGUCCGAUGAGCGACAAAGGUCUCCAUUCGCCUUCAAAGCGCGCGCGAACAGAUGAAAACGAGCCGCAGUCCACGCAUCCCAUACAGCCUGUCUCGGCAGCUCCAGACACUUACAAAAAUAGCCUCAUUCAUGCGACUGCGUCUUCCACCUCAAAUUUUACUGCCACCAGUACCGCGUCUGCAGUACCCAAGCUCCCGGAUCCAGGUGAAGGCGGCGCUGAUGACGACAGUGACGAUGAUAAGAUAUCGCUAGUGCUUGGACAGGACACAGACGAUGAUUCAGAUUAG